UUAACCCCGUCAAUAUGUAUUUACUUCUGAUUUUUCUUAUUUAAUUGAUAAUGAAUAUUAAACAAGAAGAUCAAAAGUAACUUGACCUUCUCGGGAACUUUAACAAUAAUGCAUUUUUUUAUUUUUUAACUUUGCUCCCCUAUUUCUUGGGAAAAUGUCCAGGAAAAGAUGUGACAUUAAUUUGAAAGACAUAGAAGAUGAGAAAAGGCUUGUAGAAGUAACUAAACUAGGAAAUUACGAAGAAGUAGAUAGGCUUUUACAAUGUGGUGUUUCUCCAGAUACGACAGAGUACAACCGACAACUGUUCUACCAAUCUGAAAAUUACAUGACUCCACUUCAUUUUGCAACAGCAAGAGGUUUUCCAGAACUUUUAAAAUUGUUUAUCAGCAAAGGAGCUAAUGUGAAUGCUAAAGAUAGAUUUGAUGUGACACCACUACAUACUGCAGCAGAGCUGGGGCAUGAAGAAUGCCUGGCAUUGUUACUGAAAGGAGGUGCAGAUUGUAACAUUAGUACAAAAUACUCUAAACAUGGUUCAUAUACAGCUGUUCCACACCCUGGAGGAACAACACCACUACAUCUAGCGUCAGCAAAUAAUCAUGUAAGUUGUGUCAAGUUACUGAUCUGGAAUGGAGCAGACUACAAUGCUGUGGAUGAGCGUUGUAGAACCAGUUUGUAUUUAGCCGCACAGCAAGGAUUAGCCCAGUGUGUUCAUGCUCAUCUAGAUAAUGCUAUAUGGAAAGAUAUUCUGUCCCUUCCAGAGAAACAUACAGGAGAUACCCCUCUUCAUGAAUGUGUGCGCAAAAAUCUUCUGGACUGUAUAGUGAAACUGUUAGAAAGAGGAUCAGAUGUAAAUCAUCUCAAUCAUGCAGGCUUCUCUCCGCUACAUCUAGCCAUCUGUGCUGGGGAAAACUUCAACAUAGAAAUAGUGAAAUCUCUCAUUGUGAAAGGCUACAACACAAAUGUGAAUCUCCCAGAAACCUCGAAUUGUUUUACGCCACUACAUUAUGUGUGCUUCAAUGAUGCACAACAUCAAGAAAGACGGCCUGAUGUGGCGGUGUUACUUCUAGCAUACGGUGCUAACUAUAACAUACGAAACAAACAUGGUGACAGUGUCCUUGUUAGUGAACUCCGAGGUCGCCAUAGGGAUACAACAAUACUCAGUGCAAUAGCUAAAUGUAUGACUCACCUACCAAGUCUUGAUGCCCUCGGGCUCGGGGCAUUUCAUGCUAACCAAAAUCCAUUAAUGAUGCCCCCGCCCCUACAUUCUCCACCCCCUGUACACCUUAUACGUCAGGAUCAUCAAGACAUAAGACAGCAUCAAAUAAACAUGGCAAGAUUGUGGUCAGAAAACCAGCAAGCAAAGUUCGCUUGGUACAAAGAAAUGUUAAAAGGACCACGGAGUUUGCAGCAUUACUGCAGAUGUGUUAUAAGGAACAGUAUGGGCCCAAAGAGACUUCGAAAAAUUGAUGUGUUACCAUUACCUACUACUAUGAAAGAAUUUUUAUUAUUAGAACACGAAGAAUUUCGAUGAAUUCCAUACAUGUGUCAAGACAAGUUGUUAUAGUUAUGUGUAAAUGUUAAGAUUUUAUGCCAUGAAAAAGGCAAAUGUUACAGAAAAAUAGCAAUAAUCAUGGGGUUUGAUUUUUCAUUUUUAUGUUAUUAACAUUUGCAAAUUUUUUUUUUUGCAUAAAUGUUUAGAAAAUUCUAGAUAAACAAGU